AUGACUUUCCGUAUGACGAAAAGGGUGUCCAUCGUUUCCAUCUCGGAACGGAUACAGACACCUGUGUCUAAGCCUAAAGCAUCGUAUGGAUGUAGACACACGCAGGGCAUUUUGAUGGCUUUGGGUUUCUUCUGUUGCUAUGCCAUUAGGGUGACCACAUCGGUGACGCUAGAAGCUAUGACCAAUGCUUCCACUGCAAAUCCUGCUUUUCCACAAUUUUCAUGGGACGAAAAGGUCAAGGAUGUAAUUCAGAGUUCCUUUUUUUGGGGAUACGUGUGCACGCAAAUCAUUGGCAGCAUGGUGGCGCAACGUUGGGGAGCUCAUAAACUUUUCUCACUAGCACAAUUCGCGUGCGGUUUCGUAACGCUUUUAAUUCCCGUGCUUGCCGAAAACGCGGGAUGGGAAGCGUUUUGCGUUACUAGAGUGAUCGCCGGUGUAUUUCAAGGCACUGUUCUUCCAUGUCUUCAUGCAUUGCUCUCAAAAUGGGCACCCAUGGAAGAAAGAGGAAGAAUAUCAACAUUCGUGUAUGCCGGAGGUUGGAUCGGAAAUGUAACUUGUUUACUGAGUACGGGUCUAUUGGCUGCUUCUCCUUGGGGAUGGCCCAGUUGUUUUUACGUUUGGGGCAGCAUAACUAUCGUUUCCAGUCUUUUGUUCUUUUUCAUUGGUUACGAGUCACCGGCCGAACAUCCAAAUAUACCUCAAGAUGAAAAACAAUAUAUCGAGAGUAGUCUUGGAAUGAUAGAAACGGAAGAAAAAUUAUCGACUCCUUGGAUCAAAAUACUUAAGAGUCGUCCAAUGUGGGCAUUAAUGGCUACUCAAUCUGCUCACACUUGGGGUUUCUGGAUGCUUUUAACGAAAAUCCCAUCGUAUUUUCAAGCAGUAUUUAAGGUUAACAUUAAAGAAAAUGGUCUUAUGAGCGCACUUCCAUACUUCACAGCCUGGCUAUUUAGUUUUCCCGUUAGCUUUAUUUCGGAUCUACUUAUCAAACGAAAUAUCCUCACUGUUCAAGCAUCGAGAAAGAUUUGCAAUACGUUCGGUGAAUGGGUACCAGCGCUCGCAUUAAUAGGUCUUGGAUAUGUUGACAAAGAGCAUUCUGAAAUAGCAGUGGCAAUUUUGGUAAUUGCUGUUACUAGCAAUGUUGCUAUUUAUUGUGGACACAACGUCAAUCAUAUGGAUCUUAGUCCAAAUUUUGCCGGACCAUUGAUGGGUAUCAUAAAUACCGUAGCGAAUAUUUUUAGUAUUUUGGCUCCAUUAAUCGUCGGUGUUAUCGUUCAUGAUAAGACUAAUGUUGAAGAAUGGAGAAAUGUAUUCUUUUUAACGAGUGUAAUAUAUUUCGUUGGAAAUUUAAUUUUUAUCGUCUUUGGUACAUGUAAAAUUCAAGCAUGGAAUGAUCCUGUAGAAAAACAGAAAGAUAUCGCUAUGAAUUCUACGAACGAAUCAUCGGUGGAGAAUGGAAAUGUACAAAAAAAAGAAUAUUGAAAAGAUGACUUUUUAUAGAAAAAGAAUCGUGAUGGUGUUACCAUGAUGCCAGACAGUAUAAAUAUUUAUCAUAACUACUAAUAAAAUGUAUUAUAAAUGCUGUGAUCGAACAAUUCAAUAUCAUCAUUUUCAUUAUUUUAUUUGUGAAUACAUAUGAAAAAUGUAUCAUUAUUUUAUUUGUAAAUGCAUAUGAUUUUUAAAUGUGCAUUGUAUAUAAAUAUUUAUGUUAUAUAUAAAUAUUAUAUUUAAUAUUUAUUAAAUUAAAGAACAAUACGUAUGAACGUAUUUAUGCAAGUUUAGAAAAAUUUGUUACUAUAAAAGUACAAAUGAUCAUAAUACAUCAACAUAUUUAAUUAAGAUAUGUUAUUCUCUCUUAAGAUGUUGUCUAGGCAUAGAUUUCCAAAUUGUAUGUAUAAGAAAUAUUGUACAUAAUAUUGUUAAUAACAAUGUUGUAUAAGUUACCAGAGGUAACAUAGUUGUUUCACCAAUUGGAAUUGUCCAUUCAUUUUCCAUAUCCUGUAAAAAAGAUUAAUUAAAAAUUCCAACAAAUUUCUAUUUAUAAAGUUAUAUAAAUAAGAUAUAUUUUUGAUAUUCUU